CUGACAAGCACUUGGUUCAAUAAGGAACUUAAAGACAUUUUGCAUCUGGAGUACUUUUGACAACACAAGCCUGGGGGACAAAGUCAAGGUUUAAUUCAUUUUCAGCAGCUGGUAUGAACUCACAGACCAGGCCCUGCAGUGGGAGGAGUGGAGACUGAAAACAGCUUCAGUAAAGCUCAUCUGCUUUAUCAGGAUGGGCUGCACUUGCAGUGGCCAGAAACAAGUAAACGAGGGCGAGUUCUACAAAAGAAAACACAACUCUCAGGCCUCCAACUCACUAAAUCACAUUGCACGAAGUGGAGACAACUAUGUGGAUAACGACGACACUGUGUUUGUGGCACAACAUGACUUCAAAGCGAACAACGACAACGAUCUGCCUUUCAAGAAGGGAGACAAACUUAAGGUUUUGCAAGAAAAUGGGGAAUGGUGGCUGGCUAAAUCACUGUUGACUGGACAGGAGGGCUACAUACCAUCUAAUUAUGUCGCCAGAGCAGAUACCCUGGAGAUGGAAAAAUGGUUUUUCAAGGACUUGAGUCGGAGAGAGACUGAACGACUGCUUUUGGCCCCCGGAAAUAAAGCGGGUGCUUUCCUAGUUCGAGAGAGUGAGACCUGUAAAGGGUCCCUCUCAUUGUCAGUCAGAGAUCAUGUAACGGACCAAGACGAUGUGGUAAAACACUACAAGAUCCGCUGUCUGGACAAAGGUGGCUACUACAUCUCUCCUUCCAACACGUUCCCAUCCCUACAGGAACUGGUUAAAUACUACACCCGUACAGCCGACGGGUUGUGUCAGCGACUGUAUGCUCCCUGUAAGCCUAAAGCACCCCAGCAGCCAUGGGCUCACGAUGAAUGGGAGAUUCCCAGAGAGACGCUGAAAAUGGUGAAGAAACUCGGAGCUGGGCAGUUUGGAGAAGUGUGGAUGGGUUACUACAAGAACACCCAGAAGGUCGCCAUUAAGACCUUAAAGGAGGGAACGAUGGAGCCUGAGGCCUUCCUCCAGGAAGCCAACCUGAUGAAGCAGCUGAAGCAUGAGCGACUGGUGCGGCUCCAUGCAGUGGUCACGAAGGAACCCAUUCUCAUUGUCACAGAGUUCAUGAUCAAUGGAUGUCUUCUAGACUUUCUAAAAACAGACGAGGGAAGAAAGCUAAAGCUCAAUAAGCUGAUAGACAUGUCAGCACAGAUAGCUGAAGGCAUGGCAUACAUCGAGAGGAAGAACUACAUCCACCGAGACGUGCGUGCAGCCAACAUACUAGUCAGUGAGACCCUGCACUGCAAGAUAGCAGACUUUGGCCUCGCCAGGAUCAUUGAGUCAGAAUACACAGCUCAAGAAGGUGCUAAAUUUCCCAUCAAGUGGACGGCUCCAGAGGCCAUCAAUUUUGGCACAUUCAGCAUCAAGUCGGAUGUCUGGUCUUUUGGGAUCCUCCUGACAGAAAUAGUUACCUAUGGAAGAAUACCCUACCCAGGGAUGACCAACCCAGAGGUGAUCAGGAGCCUGGACAGAUCGUACAGGAUGCCAUCUCCAGAAGGCUGUCCCCAGGAACUCUACGACAUAAUGAUGAUGUGCUGGAAGCAGAAGCCUGAGGAACGGCCAACUUUUGAAUUUCUGCAGAACAUUCUCAAUGACUUCUUUAUUGCCACGGAGGGACAAUAUGAGAUGCAGCCGUGAUUAAAGAAAAAGAAAAUGUUUCCUGCUGAUAACCAAGACGCAACAGAAAAAAAAAAAAAAAAGAGAAGUGAGACUUGAAUGGAUACAGGACCAACAAAACAUCUUUAUGACUGAUACAAUUUAUUUUUUUGUUCAUUUUAAAUGGACACAUUUUUUACGCCUACCUUCUGAUUGAAUGUACAAGCUAUUUAUGGCUUCUGUCUCUAGCAGCUACUGUAAGGGCAUCUGAAAACAUGUCUGAAAGAAAAGGUUCAGAACUGUUCGGAAAGUUUUAUUAUACUGACUGUACUCCUGCUACUCUUGACUCCCAAUCGUGUUGUCAACCGUGGAGCAUGAGGAGACAUAAUUAAGACUGAUAAACGAUGGAUAAUACAAAUACAGUACACGCAUGACGUAAAAAGACGUUUGGACCCGGGGAAGUCAACACAGGUAAAGUUAUGGAUUAAAUAUUUGCAUGGUACAGAAAUGAACAACCUGAGAUUACAUGCACAAUACUUUGCACUUUCUAUUCCUUCAGUCAUUCGGUGGAUAUAUAAAGAAAAGGGCUUACAAAAGAGAUUUUAUAUUUGCAUAAAUGUUUUUUGUGAAUAAAUAUUUACAUU